AUGACUCUCCGAUGUGUCCACCCCAAAGCUCGAUUUCAGAUCGAUGCAGAGUGCUCUGUGCAGCAGCGUAAUUACGACGAGGAGGCGGCCGAAGAAGAGGUUGAUGAGGCUCGCAUCAUAUCUAACCCCAAGGACAUGAUGGGUGUCUUGCUAUUUGGUACUGAGAAGGCCAAAUUCCAGAAUGAAGGGGAUGAUAAGCACGCGCCGGUCUACCCUCACUGCUAUCUAUUCACUGAUUUAGACAUCCCGUCUGCUGAAGAUGUCAAGUCCUUGAAGUCACUUGUCGAGGACGACAAUGACGAGGACAACAUUCUUGUUCCGAGCAAAGAUCCGGCUGCCAUGGCCAAUGUUCUCUUCUGCGCUAAUCAGAUCUUCACCACCAAAGCCGCCAAUUUUGGGAGUCGGAGGCUCUUCGUCCUAACUGAUAAUGAUAAUCCCCAUUCGGCCGACAAGCAGGCCAAAUCUGCUGCGGCUGUGAGGGCCAAGGAUCUGUAUGACUUGGGUGUGGUCAUAGAGCUGUUUCCAAUUACACGUGAAGAACGAGAUUUCGAUAUGGGCAAGUUCUAUGAUGAUAUCAUGUAUAGGGACUCCGCCGCCGAAGCGAACAUGUCGGACGUCCUCACUUCAAAAUCUGGUGGUGGCUUGAGCCUCCUGAACUCGCUGAUCGCAAACAUCAAUUCGAAGCAGACCGCGAAGCGAGCGCUCUUUUCGGGGGUUGCUUUCGAGAUUGCGCCGGGCCUGACGAUAUCGGUCAAAGGAAAAGUCGGAGACAAAAAGGCGUACAAGUUUGGCGGCGAGUACGUCUACUUCACUCCGGAGGAGCAAAAGUCUCUCAAAGACUUUGGCCCCAGCACCAUCCGCAUCCUCGGGUUCAAACCUCAGUCUAGCCUCCCGUUCUGGGCUAGCGUGCACAAGUCAUCCUUCAUAUUCCCUAGCGAAGAGCACUACGUAGGCUCUACCCGCGUCUUCACAGCCCUGUGGAAGAAGCUGUUGGCCGAUGACAAGAUGGCGAUCGCGUGGGCCAUCACCCGGUCCAACGCCAAACCGACCCUCGUGGCCAUUAUACCCUCACGGGGCCGAUCAGAAGAAGACUCUGGUCCCCAAUCCCUUCCAGCCGGCCUUUGGCUCUAUCCCCUGCCCUUUGUCGACGACAUCCGGAACCCGCCAGAUAUGCCCGAUCCCGUCCAGGCUUCGGAUGCGCUGGUGGAUAAGAUGCAAAUCAUCGCCGAAAACUUGUGGCUUCCCAACAGGGCGUACAACCCGUCCAAAUACCCCAAUCCCCAAUUACAAUGGCACUACAAGAUUUUACAGGCCUUGGCCCUCCAAGAAGAGGUCCCCGAGACGCCCGAGGAUCUUACCGUGCCCAAGUACAACGCGAUUGCGAAGCGAGUGGGCGGUCAUAUCCGAGACUGGCAAGCGCUCGUGGAUGAAGAGCUUUCCCAUGUGCGGAAACAGGGCUCCUUGAAGCGUGAGGCUGGGGAUGAGGAGGGUGGAAAGCCGAAGAAGCGCACCAAGGCCGAGAGCAAGCCAGCAGGCUCCGGGCUGAGUGAUGCGCAAAUCAAGGCGGCCAAUGACUCUGGCGGUCUAUCCAAGAUGACGGUUGCGGAGCUCAAGGAUCCAUCGCGCAUCAUCUUGGCGAGUGAAACGAUUAUGAACCAGCCCCAGGAUGAUCCUGUAUUGCAAAAGGACGUCGCGAGAUAUAUUGCCGGAGUCGUCGGCUCAUGCGACGGGAGCGCUUGGGUUUUGAGGGAGAUGUCGAGGAAGCCGCAGGGUUGGAUAUUCAUCUAUGUUUGCAAGCAAUCGAUGCAGGUCUGGCUCCGCCGGAAUGCCCAGAGCGUAGGAAAUAUCGUUGUCGGUGACUAUAGUUCCAAGGAGCUGGACGCCGUUUCCGCAAGCGAACGCCAGAUGGAGGGUGAUGCCGCUCAGGAAACCCCGGACGCAGAGAUCAUCGUCGGGUCAGCCGAGAUGGUCGGAGACCCCGCCUUGCCCAAGCGAAGCAAGAAGGCGACACCGAGGCGGAAGAAGAAGGCAGCAGAAAAGCCCGAAGAGCCGGCGCCAGCCGCCAGUCAGGCGAAUGAUUCAGAGCAGGCCUCUGCUGACGAUGCUCCGACAGCCGCAGUGUUAGCGCCUCUGCUUAACCUCGAUCCCGCAGAGGCGGAAAGGCGCAGCCAGAGAGCCGUGGAAUUGCUGCAAGGGGCCGGUCUCGACCCCAGCACGCUCUCCUCGGACCAGUUCAACAUCUUUGCCAACCAAUCUCCAGGAUUACAGCAAGAGUCCCUUGCGAUGCUUGUUCGAUACGGGGCGGAGAGGCUUAGGAUCAUCCACCCCAACAAGGAAGCACCAGCCCAGGACUCGGAAAAUGUGGCACCGUGCGGUCGGGAGAAGCCAACGUGUCAAAACUGCCUCGACGCGGGCGAAGAAUGCGUGUACCCGCUUCAGAAAACCAGGCCCAAGAAACCCAAGUCGAAUACUCUUGUGUCCGAAGAUGUAGAUGCCGAAGGUGAGGCUUCCGAAGUCAUGGACUACAGUCCCGGGCCCGAGGACCAGGACCACUCUCUCGGGCCUGGGGUUCCAGAGGCUGAGCUCCAAGACACCGUGGAGGACGCACCGCCGCAUGACUACUUCGCAUCUACACAUAAUCAUAACCCUCCCGCAGCUGAACCAGCAAACACGUCCGAAGAGGGGCCGUAUCCGCUCAGCGUUACUCAUCAUCUCGAGCCUCCCGAAAACUCCAAUCCUCCCGACGUGGUAGUAUCUGCCCCGACAAAUGCGGCGGAAACAACACAGGCGAGCAAGCGACGUAGUCUACCUUCCGGCCCCGCCAACCGAAAGAAAGCGAACGACGCCAUCCCUCUAGCUCUUCCCGAGUCACCCAUGAUGAGCGCGUGGGGCACCAUGACAAUCAGCCCCUCUUCGCUCUCAAACGCCACCGAUAGCCAUCCUCAACCCACUUCUAGCACGCCGAGCAGCGACGUUUCGCAGCCAUUUCAACAUCCCCAGCAGACGGCCGUAGCGACCCAAGCUGCUCUCCAGGAACCGUGGAACCCCUCGACAUCCUCGGCGCAACCGACGCAAUCACGCCAGUCACCUUUCCAAGCCCCCGCGCCGGCCCCGCCAGCCCGAGCCAAGUCUCGCGCCCAGAGCCGCACCCUGGCCCGGAGAGAGGGUCGCCCGCUCUUCAGCGCGGUCAGCAGCAGCAACGGGGACACCAGCCACCCCCGACAGCUUCGCGGGUGCCGGGCGGAGAAUAGCCAGUCUAGCAACCGCGUCACGUACGAGCCCUACUCCAGCCAUCCUGCGGGGCUGAGGGCCAAUCCGCCUUAUACGCCCUACGAAGACUAUGGCCGAUCGGCAACCCCAGCCGCUACCGCGGGCGCCACGUCUUCAGCGCAGUCCAGGACGAGUAGCUACUCCACCUCUGUGCAUAACACUACCAUCACCACGUCUUCUUCAACGCCAGGGACUUAUUCUUAUCCUUCGAGUCAGGCGCGCGACGCCCAGGGUGGAAAUAAUGCAAACACACACCGGUACCAGAACAAACAGCAGCAGCAACAACAAAACUGGUACGGUUAUCCCUCGUCCUCGUCAUCAAACACGCAACCGACCCGCGGCAGCUACGGCUCCUAUGAUCAUCAUGGCUCCCUCACCCUACCCAACCACGGCUCUUCCUACGGCGGCGCUGACAAUGACGCCUUGAUUGACCUCCUUGCCGGAUCUGUCCACCACCGUCAGUAA